AUGGCCUUGUGUUCUCAGGCCUUUACCUCAGCUAAGCGCUCCUGCGACUUUGGCGCUUCCCUGCAAUGCACACCAAACAAGAAGGUUUGUCUAUCAAAGCUUGACUUGAACACUUCGGUGGCCAAACCUCUCAACAAGGUUUGUUUUAGUAAGCUUAAUAACCCUCUGGCGUGCUACUCUUCAUCGGAAUCUGAUGAAGACUCGGAUGACCAACAGUCGUGCUAUAGCGCCGACCAAGCCCGCGCCAAAAGAAGAGCGUCUUCUAGAAUGUCGUUUUCUGUCAACAAUGAGCUUUCCAAAGCCGUUUCACAGUAUAGCGAUGACGACGAACUAGAAUUGGAUGCUUCUGAGCGCGGCUCCCCUCAAGCCACUGGCGAUGCUAACUUUGACUGUAAGUUGAUGAGCUCGCCUCGUGCCUCUACUAGCUUUGGCAGCACAACCAAUCUUCAGCUGUGCCACGGCCAGCGGAACUCAAUCACAUCUAGCUUUUUGCCCAUCUCUGAUAACAAUUCUUCAGGCUCCAGCACAAGAAAACACAUGCCUCUGAGCGACAAGUGUUCAAGGUCCAAGUGUUUUGAUUACCUUGUUGGUGCUAUUGAUGAGGCCUGGGCAAGAUAUUGUGAUGCUGCCUCUUAUGUUGAGGACGAAACUUAUGGGUACAACACACCCAAUUCUGUUGCCACGGACGAGGAGGACGACUACUUUGGCAACACCACGGAUUUGACCGAUUACGAGAGUGAUUUCGAACAUGAACAUAAAUUGACUGCUAAGCCAGUUUCGAAAAGACCCUCUAUGAUGGCCAAGCCUGUGGGCAUUAUGUCCAACGACAGCACCAGUCGUGCCUCGUCCACCUCGAAGGACCCUUCAUCGUGCCAAUUGCAAGCGUUGAAGGACCGUUUGAUCAAGGCCAAGUACUUCUUGCAGGACCUUUUGGAAUCUGAUGAUUACCAAGAUGCCUCUGCUUUCUGGAAGCGCUGGGACAUGAUCAAGUAUGCUGCCAUUGAGUUGGUUGAAGAUGACGACGAUGACGAGAUCAUUGAGUCUACCAUUGAUGAUUUGGAAGACGGUCGUCUUUUCACCAACUAG